AUGGGGAAAAGGGGACGAGGUCGAGUUGACCCGGAUCGGCAAUGGAACAAUCAGGACCCACAACCCUGGAAUAGCAACAGCCAGAACAAGGGCAACAACAAUCGAGGGAAGCGUAUCGGUGGCCAGAAUGGCCAAGGGAGAAACACGCCAUGGGACAACCAGAAUCCAAAUCAGAAGUAUAAGCAGAAAAACCAGAAGACCUCGAACCAUCAAUUCAACCAACGUCUGAACUCAUCUCAAAGCCAACAUCAAGUACAAAAGUCCGUUCAGUGUGAGCGAUGCGAGAAACAGGGCCACACCGAAAGCAUCUGCACCGCCAAAGAGAUUCCCGUCGACAGCCGCUGUCCCUGUGGCAAUGAGUUCCAUUACCUAAGCCAAUGUCCAUAUAAAGGCAACAUGUUCAAGCGCGACGACGAGAUCGCGAAGAAAGAGGGCAAGUUCUGUACAUGGUGCAAAGACACGGGUGACGGCCGCCAUAGCUUCGACGAGUGCACUAAAGCAAACGAGUUCAAGCUCAACAUCCGCCGCAUCCAGCGCGAGGCCUACGACGUACUGGACUUCUGUUGGCACUGUGGUAACUUCGACCACAAGACAAAGGCUUGCACAAAGGCGCAGGCCCAACUGGACAGGGACUUGUGGGCUGCGAAGAUCGGCGAGGUCAUAGAAGAGUGGAAGAAGUAUAGCAACGCGACGAUUCGUACGGCGUACUUUGACAAUGAGUGGGAUCAGCAGAUGAGUGACGUGAGGGACAGGCGGUCGCCGCCGUUGGCUGUGCACUAUCCAUGGUGCAUCAUGUGCGAGGUGUUUGGGCACGUCACAGGCGAAAAGGUGGGAGGCUGUGAGAUGGAGAAGUUCGAGGAUAGAUGUCCCCCGGAGCACAGAAUCCAGCUAACAGGGGCGCGAUCUUUCAUCCCCAGAGGUUUCACAAAGCCGCCAGCCCAGAUCAAAAACUCGCUCGUCGUGCGCGACUCGACGCAGGACUACACAGUCUGCUCCACCGCCGGUUGUAACAAGACGCUAGGUCCAUGGACGUUGCCCAUGCCGCCCUUGGGCCAGACCAUCAUCUGCCCCAGCUGCAGCACCUCUCAGUACCAUCCGAAUUUCCAACAGCCUGCCCAACUUGGCCAGCUCGAUGUAGUCAAAGACAUCCUUCAAGUCGUCCUUGGAUCCAAAGCCAGCGGCGAUAAAGCAAAAGCCAAAGUGCACCCAGACAUUCUAGCCAUGUACGAGAAGCGACCCUCGCUCCGACUCCAGUGGUCGCUUGCGCACCGCCAGAAACUCGGCUACGUCGGCGCCCACGACGCACACUCGUACCGCUACACAGACGGCUCUCGCCAGGGUGCCUGGUCGCCCGUCAUGUGGGAGGACGGCCGGUACUUCAACGCAGACUGGCAGGGCGGCGGAAACUACCAAGAGUAUUUUCCUGCCAUCACGUUCCAGAUUACGCGGAGGAUGUGGGCUGAUGCGGAAAACGACGCGCUGCCUAUUAACCGCGUGGGCAGGCAGGGGUUGAUACCUAAAUGUACGGGGUGCCAUGCGCCGAUUCUGGUGCUGGAUGAUGAGGACGAUGUGGUGAUGUGCGAUACGGCGUGGGCGAAUACGUUAGGCGAGGGGACGGGGAAAGGGUACUAUAGGCUUGUGGAUGGCUCUUACAAUCCGCAGCAGUGUGAGUGUCUCUGGAUGAUUGGGCAGCGUGGAGUUGUCGGGUGGGAGAAUGGACGGACGGGGGAGUGGGUUGGGUUGGACAAUCAUUAA